UAUUAGUACCGCGCGCGCCGCGAGGACUCGGCUACAGGUGUGCCGUACAUCCGCCCGCGCGCGAUUUGACGAUUCUCACGCGCGCUCUCCCGAGGAAUUCCCUCCCUCCUCCCAUCUCUCGUCGAGCCGUAAAGGAGAGACCGCGCGGUCCACGCGUCCCCCGUCAUUUACGAGUCCUCGAGGUCGACACACCGAGCAGCGAAGGAAGGUACCACGGAUCCGAGGAGUACAGUGUCAGGUGUCCGCGACAGAGCGUCCCCCGGCUCUCGGUGAGACUCGAGGGCGGAGACGGGGGGAGGAGAGGGACGAAGGUCCCCGAUCUGGAAACGGUUAAAGGGAAAGAACGGUGUGCAUCGAGCGGAGCGAAAAAAACUGGGGGCCCCGAGAGCCGCGCACCGCGGGCCGCGUGCGCGCGCGCGCUUGUGGGACACGCGCGAUCGGCGUAAAUAUUGAACAAGUGUGACGUAAUAUUAGUUGCGCGAGGCAUGAUAAUAAGCGGGGACGACGACGUCGUUACUCGUCGGCGCGCCUCGCGAUCAGAUAGCGCACGAAAUUGUUCCCCGCCUCGAGGUCGACGCACCACCGCCGUCGCCGCCGCGAGCGGCGUAUCUGCCUCUGCCGUCGUUGCGGACGGGCCCGAUAAAAGCCUCGUCAGUCCGGACCCGCUGUCGUUGCCGGCCUGCCGUCGCAUUCCCGAAUUCCCGCUGGCGGAAACGCUCGAAAUGGAGGCGGAGCAUAGACUGGAGCAGUUAAAGAGGGCGACGGACAGAAUACAAAGGGAAAUCGAAGAAGUCACCGAGAGGGAACACGAACUGCGGAACGUGGGUAGCAUUAAAACCACAUCCCACGAGACGGUAGACUCUAAGGUGCGCCGUAUGCCACAGGCUCUGGCCUCGGGCAAACUGAAGAGAACGACAUCCACGCCGCAGAUAUUGGAAGCAGUCAGCCUGACGUCGCUGUCGCCAAACUUGACGCCAAAGAUGACAAACGGUGUGAUAUCUACGCGCGCCACGCCGACACCGUUGCGCUUUGCAACCGCGCCAAGCCAGAAGGGUCUGAUGCACAGAUUCCUGGCUACACGGGGAAAGCUCUACAAGAGCAAAUCGACGAACAAUAACGGUCUGAGUACACCCAUAACGCCUACUAUUACGCUCAAUCCUCUGAGUAUCAAGGCUUUCAAUAGAACGCUGGAGAUACCGCUGGAGCCGGACGACGAGCCAAAGAAGCCUUUAACGAGAAAGGGAUAUGUUCCUGUCGAGCAGAAAAUUCAAAAGGAGCUACACGACAUGAGGGAACGGGAGAACGAAUUAAGAUUGAUGAGAUCGCAGAUGUUGGCAAAGUCUCAGCCGAAUUUACUUGAUAUAGGAAACGAUAAUGAUUCCGAUAUUUAUGAUGGCUCCAGUUCUCUCAGAAGCGGUGCUUCCACUAACACCUUGAAUGAGGAUGAAAUCGAGAAAGAACAUAAGGGAAAACAUAAGCCUAGUCCACGACGUCGCAAUACCCUCAUCGCGCAAUGGGAAAACUUGAUAGCUGCCAAGAGGGAAUCUAUCGAGAACAACAACGAAAAAGAUAGCUACUUUUGAAAGUCCUAUAACUCCAUGUAACUUUGCAGAUAACAUCAUCACCUUUAUCUUUAUUCUAUCGUUAUCUCUAUUCUUCUACUUAAAUAAUCGGUUGUAAAUCAGUAAUAAUUAUUAAUUUACAGCAAAUGACUGUUUGUAACAAGAGCGUUUUUGUUCCGCCUAUUUUGAGGCAUAUCUUAAAUGCAUGAAUAUUUUCUUGUUUUUCUUUUACCUCGUUUUAUAUAGUUUAUUUACGAAUAAACAAUUCUUUUUGUGUUUGAAUAUUUAUGUGCUCUAGCACUAGAUAGAGUAGUAUCAUAUUACGACUGCGUGUAUUUUCAGUAUUAAGUUGCUGGCUAAAUAUGAUUGAAAUGCAACUUCUCUUUCAUAAUUUAUUAAGAAUUAUUAUUUCAUAAAAAUUAUGAAUAUCCCUGAAAAAUCGAAGGUUCUAAGAAAUUAUAAGGCGCAUUUUGUUUUAUCAUUAUUAAUGGAAUAACAUGAACAUAAUAUGUAAAAUAUUCUCACGAGCGACUGAAGUUUUUGUACGUUUUUCGUUUAAUAUUGCGGGUGUAAAGUACUUAUAAUAAUCGUUUAAAUCACUUAAUUAGUACAUGUGAAGUAUUACAUAUAUGUUAUUAAAUAUUAAUUAGUUGUAAAGAUAGCUAAGGUAUUCGGUGGAUACCUUCAUGUGAAAAAGAUAGUUAUAAUAAUAAUACGUGCGAUUGUUAUCUAUUACAGAAUUUAUAUUAUGAGCGAGAUUAUUAAACAAAUAUACAGAACUCUGUAUUAAAUUUAUACGCACUGGUUUUCGGUCAUGCAACAUUUAGUCUAAGACUUUACAACGCAAUCUUCAUUCUACAAUUUGCAGUUGUUACAUUUAACAAUACAUGCAAAUGUUAACAUAGAUA